GGGCUUAUGACGUCACUACCGAGCGCCAGGCGGACGGCGGGCGGGAGGGGACGCCAUGCUUAGCCGGCUUCAGGAGCUGCGCAAGGAGGAGGAGACGCUGCUGCGGUUGAAGGCGGCCUUGCACGACCAGUUGAACCGGCUCAAGGUUGAAGAACUAGCCCUCCAAUCAAUGAUUAGUUCUAGGAGAGGAGAUGAGAUGUUGUCUUCUCAGCCUGCACCUGAACAGUCACCUGAUCAGAUGUUGGUUCAUGUUGACAAUGAAGCAUCAAUCAACCAAACAGCACUGGAGUUGAGCACAAGGAGCCAUGUGCCCGAAGAGGAGGAGGAGGAGGAGGAGGAAGAGGAAGAAGAAUCAGAUUCCUGAAGCAGGGUAGGGAAGAACCAAGCUUAGUUACAGGAACUAAGUUACUACAUCUGAGGAACUUUUGUCUCUUCAAAAAAAUUUUCUUUCCAUGGGCCCUCUGGUCGGCUUUAAAAGGAACAAGAACUUUUAAGGUUGUGUAGUCUUGAAAAUGGUUCCAUCAAGAACUCAAGUUUCAGAACACUUUAACAAAAAUUAGUGCCAUGUGGAAAAGCAGACAUGCAGUGUCUUAGCAUUGAGCAAUACGGGUGGUGCUGUAACUAUUCUGGUCAGAUUUAGUAAUUAUGCUCAAAACAAAGUUUCCUCUAAAAUGCUAUUGAGAAAGUCUGGCAUUUGCACAAAGGGCAGAGUUUAAAUACAAGCCAGCCUUUCUAGUCAGCAAUACCUCUUAAGAAAACCAAUUAAAGGUUCUGUGGAUGCCACUGAACUAUUGUGAGCAGAGCAAGGCUGAGGUCUAGGAGAGAAGGAUGACCAGUGAGGAGCCAGAGGGCCACUUGAGAACACAAGCUGCUGCCACCCCUCGGUGGAGCAGGUAGGAACUCUGUACUCUAGAGGGCUUUGUGGGGCUGCCAUCACCUGUAGCUUGAGACAUCACAGUGGAAAAAUGUGCUU